AUGCAUUGCAGAUUUGUGGGACUGUUGCUGGUCACCAAACUGCUGCCAGCUGGGGAUGCAGACACCAUUCGGGCGGUGUAUGGUUCCAUUGGGCCGCAGUUCAUAUCUCGCCUGUUACUGCCAUUGAGACAGCCAAAGGUCCCUUAUGCAGAGCUUGGCGAACAGAGCAGGCAGAAGGAUGUCAGCGCAUGUGUGCUCGCCCUGGCACUGCUGGCCAGCUCAAGCUGCUUGACUGACAUUGGUGCUUCAGAGGAAAUGGUCGAGAAAGUGGUCAAGAUUGCCGGUGUCAGCCGACUGCUGAGCUUGCCACAAGCUUCAGUGCAAGAACAGGGUUGGGGCGGCACUGAUGGGGAGGCAGUGAAGGAUGCCCUGGAGUGCCUCCUUGCAGUUGCAGCGGCCAGCGCGGAAGGCCACACCGUGUGCAUUGAAUCUGGCGCACUCGCAGCAGCAUGCACGGCAAUUCAGGCCAAGGACAGAACAGCUGCUGGGGCUCGAGAUGCUCUAGCGCUGCACCUUCUGGGCAUCCUGCUGGAGCGAGCAGACCGCAGCACCGUUUUAGCGGAGAAUGCGGCGGUUGUUGCAGCUGCUGUGCCUGCAAUAGCCUCCUUCAUGGUGCUACAUGCACAAGCUGCCCCUGCAGCAGCUGCCGGCGACAAAGGCAAGCAGCCAGAGCAGGCGCAACCAACUGCGCCAGCUGCUCCGGACAUGCUCGACCCUGCAGCGCUGCAGCUGCAGGCUCUCUACGUGCUGCUGCUCAUCCUGUCAUCACCCCUGCCCCAGGUGGAGGAGCGGCUGCAGGACUCAGCAGGGGUUGCUGCCGGGACUGGAUCGUGCUGGCCGGCUCAGGCGCGGUCCGGUAUAGCCACGCUGCUGCGCGGCCGCCUGGCGCCAGCUCAGCGCCAGACAACGCUGCAGGUUGCAGCCUCCAUCCUCGGCCUGGUCGGCGCCGAGUGGCUCCUGGCUCCCUCCCACGACGGGAGGGAUGUGCCGGAGGACUUCUUCCAGCUGCUGGUGGAGGUGGUCAAGGUGGAGGCGCUGAUCACGCUGCGGGACGCCCUGGCGCCAAAGGAGCGCAUCCCCCUCGCGCGCGCAUUCAUCCCCGCACAGCCCAGUGCGAGCGCAAGGAUGGAGGAGGAGCCGUCCUCGUCAGCGCCAGCUCAGAUGGAGGAUGACAGCGACGAUGAUGACACCCAAGGCUUUGCACCAAUGAUGCCCCCGCUGGAGAGGCCGGCACCGCUCGUGGACGAGCAGGGCAAUGAUCUUGACCCUGGCACCGCUGGCGGCAGCAGCUCUGCGCCUGGAGACCAAGGGAAAGACACCAAGCGCUCUGCUGCAAACGGGCACACAGAGCUGGCUGGAGAGCGGGCGGCGCGCGUUCUGCCGGCUGUGUUUGCGCUGGCCGAGGGCUGCGUUGAAGCGCUGGCCGCGGACUCGAUGCGCGCCGAGGCCUACACUGAUGUGUCCGCUAAAGAUGAUGACAUGGUGGCGCCAGUCCUCAGCGACAGGCAAGCCUCAGAUCCCUUGCGCAGAAUUGAGGCGCUGUGGAGGGAUAUGGCCCUGGUUGCCAUGCGGGCGAUGUCCUCGCUCCAAGAAGCGCAUGAGGCGAUCCUGCAGUUUCUUGAAGCGGCCGGCCAGGGCGAUGUGGACGCCAAUGACCCCAUCACCCUCGCUGCGAUCAGAUCCCUGGGCAGGUUCCUCGCUGAAGCACCGGACGCCUUUGGACAGCGGAUGCAGGCACUUCUGCCCUUCCUGCUGACAGUGCAGCAGGGGCAGGCAGUUGCCUUCAUGCUGCCAGCACUGUCACAGGUGCUGGAGUCUCUCGUGGACUACACAUCAAACACUGCCAACGACGCGCGCAAGCUGUGGGCAGCAGCCAUGCAGGGGGCCUCCCCAGCAGCCUGGGCCGCUUUGGCAUCCGCUGAAGCCAUGCUGCUGCCUGCCCUUGAGCUCCUGCGCGCGCUGUAUGUCUUCUCCUCCCCCUCCAUUGCAAUUUCAAUAAAUCCUCUGCGCAGACACAACCAGGACAAUGCAAGCCAGGCGGAGGGUGGCGCAGAGGAGAGUGCAGCAGUCACGCUGCUGGCUUUGGUGCCCCCGUUGGCUGAGUGGGCGCAGGAGCGCAGCAGAGCCUCCCCUCCUGCUGCACUGGGCACGCCGCCCGCAGGCCCUGACGGCAUCGAUUGCAGGCUGCUAGUGACGGCUGGCAGCCUUGUGGCAAGCACCCUGCUUGCGGCAGCGCAGCAGGGGCAAGCAGCUGCCGGGGCUGUUCUCAACGCUGCAGCUGCGCUGGUGUCCCGCGCAAUCGAUGAGGGCUUUGUGCGCCUGGCUGUGGCCAAACGCAAGGCUGUGGAGCGCGCAGCGGAGCAGCUGAGUUCCACCAGCAUCUCUCCUGACAUUCCAGGGCCUCCCGCUGCUCCUGCAGGCCGCACAUCGGAUGAUUGGCUGGAGGAGGUUAAAGAUGAAUGGACUCAAGUUGUCCGCACCACCGCACAGCUGGCGGAGGAGAGUGCAGAUUUUGCAGGAGAGAUAAGAAAGCUCAAACCGCUGUGGAGUGAAGAUGGAGGCGUGCAUAAGUGGGCAGAUGUUGCAUCUGACCUGCAGAACCUCCGCGAUGCGGUUUCCAACAAGUAA